ACGAGUUUUGUGAACUGUCAUUGAUAAGGAAAAAAUAAAUAUAAUUUACGUGUUCGUUUUUGUUGAAAAUUAAAAGUAAAACCAUGUCUACGGAUUCUGACGAGCUCCUCUCCUUCAAGGACUUCCCUCCAACUACCACCCACUCUAGUGGAAGUGGAGGAAUCGCUCAAAUUAGCAUAAAUUCCCCGAGCAAGAGUACUUCCUCUGCCCAAGGAGGAGGAGGAGAUGCACUGGAGGAGCUCAUCUACAGUUCAAGUGCUGCCCCAGUUUCAGGAAGUCCUGAUGAUGAGAAUCAGGGGAAAGGAAGUAAAAUGUAUUCCUUUUGGAGCAUUGAGUAUUACCAGCAGUUCUUCAACGUGGACACAUUCAUGGUUAUGGAUAGAAUAGCAUCCGCAAUCAUCCCCAAGAGAGCCCCUUCCACGUAUCUCAAAUCCCAGAUUGGUGCUAAUCCCGACCUCUACGGUCCCAUUUGGAUUGUAAUUACCCUCAUCUUCUCCAUUGCCAUAAGUGGGAAUGUUGCAAAUUAUCUCCAACAAGCCGAUACCAACUUCCGCUGGCACUACAACUUCCACUUGGUAUCCUACGCUGCUACGGCUAUCAUUACCUACGCCUGCCUCUUUCCUCUGGGACUCUGGGCAGCCUUCAAGUGGAGCCUACGACCAACGAGUGCUGACAUGGAAACGGACACCAGCAACUAUACCCCAGGACUCUUAACUCUCCUCUGUAUCUACGGCUACUCCCUCGCAAUCUACAUCCCUGUCUCCAUUCUCUGGGUCAUUCAGAUUUCCGUUCUACAGUGGCUCCUCGUGAUGACGGCUGCUCUAAUGUCCGGUUCCGUCUUGAUCUUUGUCCUGAUGCCUGCACUACGCAACUCCAAAUUCUCCCUGAUCCUCAUUUUGGUUGUAAUUGGGGCGCAUUUCCUUCUCGCAACUGGAUUUAUGCUCUACUUUUUCCACGUCCCCAGUACGGAUGAGGCUCCAUUGGCUCUAAAUACCAACAAAACAAUUGCAAACUAAUAUUUAUUUUUGUGAUAAAGCACAUUCAGCCCGUAAAUUAAUUAAAAAUUAAAUAAAACGAUUAAAAUUAA